AUGGAAUGGAACGGAACACUGGUGCUCAGUCUUGGUGGCUAUGUAGAAGUGGACAAGUACAGAUAUGUUUACUUUCUGUUUUUCAUGGUGCUGUAUGUUCUUAUUCUCUCCUCAAAUUGCAUCAUAAUUUGUGUUAUUUGGAUUCACAGGAACCUUCAUGAGCCCAUGUAUAUUUUCAUUGCCGCUUUGUCGCUCAACUCGCUUGUGUUCAGCACUGUUAUCUACCCCAAACUGAUUGUGGACGUCUUGUCUCAGAAGCAGAGAGUUUCUUAUUCUGUUUGUUUGGUCCAGAUUUUUCUCUUCUACAGUUUAGCUGGUUCUGACUUAAUGUUGUUGUCAGCCAUGGCUUACGACAGGUAUGUGUCCAUCUGCAGGCCACUGCAAUAUGCAACCACCAUGGGCAAGACCGCCGUCAGUGUUUACCUGGCUUUGGCCUGGUUUUUUCCAGCCUGUCAGAUGUUGGUGACAACUAUCAUCCAGUCCAAACAAAAAGUCUGUAGCUUUACUUUGGGGGGAUUUUAUUGCAAUGUUUCAAUGAUUAAGAUUCACUGUACUACCCCAAAGUCUCUGACUGUGUGGACUUUGAUUAGUCUAAUAAAUAUAGGGGUCAUCCCUGUGCUCUUCAUCGUCCUCACGUACAUAAAGAUAUUCAUAGUCGCCUAUCGUAGCCACAGAGAGGCCUGGAGAAAAGCAGUAGAUACGUGCUUACCGCAUUUGAUUGUUUUAUUCACCUUCACCUGUUUGGUUUUCUUUGACGUCAUCACAGAACUACUGGAGUCGCUGCUUCCAAAAAGCCUGCGACUGAUUAUGAGUCUACAAAUAGUGGUGUUCAAUCCCCUGUUCAAUCCAAUCAUGUAUGGCUUAAAGAUGAAAGAAAUCUGGAAACACAUCAAGAGAUUGUUGCUAUUGUGUUGCAAACAUGAAAUUAUCAAAAAUCAGGUGGACUGA